UAACUUAACCCCCCCCUCUCCCUUCUUCCCACACCCUCCCACGCCAUAAAUAAGAACCCACAGCAAAGCAGGCCAAAUCUCUCCCUGUCAAUCUUUUGUUUCUCGAUUUCGCUCCUCGGGUGCUUGUUCGGUCGGUCGAUCUGCUUUUCGUUUCCGUCCGUGUUCGUUACAUGAAUGAAGGUCACUACAGUUGAGGGGGUGGACAGGGUGAAGGGUUCGUGGAGCCCGGAGGAGGACGCGACCCUCAUCAAGCUGGUCGAGCAGCACGGCCCCCGCAACUGGUCCCUCAUCAGCUCCGGCAUCCCGGGUCGGUCGGGCAAGUCGUGCCGCCUCCGCUGGUGCAACCAGCUCAGCCCCUUCGUCCACCACCGCGCCUUCACCCCGGCUGAGGACGCCAUCAUCAUUGAGGCCCACCGGACCCACGGCAACAAGUGGGCCACCAUCGCCCGCCUCCUACCUGGGCGCACUGACAACGCUAUCAAGAACCAUUGGAACUCCACCCUCCGCCGCCGCCGCCCUCCCCGACCUGCACCCGUCCUAGGCGGUCCUGACUCCCCUUCCGAUUCUGCUGUGGUCAAGCGGCCGCUCUCACCGCUGGAUGGGCAUGAGGAGGAGUCCUCGAAGAGGCAGCGCUUGGGUGGGUGCAACAGGGUUGAGGCAGGGCUCGACGAUAUUGAUAUCAAGACCUCAUUGACCCUGUCCCCGCCUGGGGAGACCUGUACAUCAGCCCCGAAGGAGGAGGACGACGAUGAGGAGGACAAUGACGAUGACGCGGCAGAGGACAUAGACCGGGAGGAGGAAGAGGAAGAAGCGGACAGAAGUAAUAAGGUAGCAGUGGGUAUGGCUCAGGACAAUGCAUGCUUGGUGACGGUCAUGAAGCGCAUGAUAGCUGAAGAGGUUAGGAAGUACAUAGAUACCCUAUGGGCCCAAAGCAAUGCGCCUGGGCCUGGGCCUUUGCCUGGGCCAGGGCUCAGUUUCACUGUCAAAAAGGAUCCGUAGAAGAGAAAAACACAGGGCCCAAUACCUUAACUUAUGUCCUCCUAAUGUCUUCUCUCUUCUCUUUUAUCGAGGAAAUGCAACCCUUGUCUCGAACUUGAGGUGCUACUUUAAGGCAAUUUGAGUUGGUAAAUUAAUUCCUAUUGCACAUUAUCAUCUCGUCCGUGUAUCACACUUCAUUCUGCAGCUUAAAUUAUCGGAUACAGAUAGGUAAUA